GGGCAGGCACCUGGGUCAGGCCAGGCUAGGCUGCUCAACAGGAGAGCACUGCUGCCAGUGAAGCACCAUGGCAGGGCACAGGGAAGGGCAGAGCCAGGACAGCUGGCCUGGAUUGGCCAGGGGGGUUAUCCUAUACCACCUGACAUUAUGUGGAAGGCUAUAAAGCUGUGGGGAGCUGACCAGAGGAGGGAGCAACUACUCAGGGAUAAGCUAGGUGGAUGGUUUUGUUUAAGGUUAAACAACUAUUUAGGAACUCCACCCAGAGAUCUGCCCAAGGUUGGAUAAUUAUGAGUGGUAGAGUGUGUGGGAUGGUAUGAGCAGAUACCUGGAAUGGUACCUAGAACACCUCCAGCAUUUUGGAACUUCAUCCCAGAAUCUUCAUCCCAGAAUCUUCAUCCCAGAAUCUUCAUCCCAACAACUGCAGAAUUUUGAAAAACUAGCAAAAUAUUUGCAAAAGGAGUGCUGUCUCCUUGGUAAUUCUAGAGAGGCACAUAUUGCUGCAGCGUGUGGGGGCCUGACCCGUGCUUAAUGAGCCCUAUUCAAUACUGUUCAGCACCCUAAAGGGGAAGAGAUCUGUAGAACUGAUGACAGUGCAACAAAUCCUGUGGUUGCUCCAAGCCUGCAACAGACUCUGUGCUCACUCCAACUGUCACGACAGGUCCUGCUGGUGUUCCAGCUCCUGUGACAGCCCUGCAGUUCAACCAGAGAACAAACUUGUGCCAGUACCAUUUACCCCUAUACACAAGACCAAAAAAAUGUCUGCGAAAGUCAGCUUGUUUAGUAAGGAAACACCUACUAAGGAGGAAGAAGAUGAGUAUGAAGUGGGGCCAUCACAGGAAUGGGAGGAGAAAGAGGAAGAAUUCAAGAGGAGCCAAUCACUGUCCAACCUAACCCUAUGGGUUAGCUGUGAGAUAUGCGAAAAUACUUCAGCUGUCAUCCAGAUGUCAUCUAAAAGAUGUUCUCUGGCAUCUGAGGAUGUGGUUUAUUUCUAACAUGAAUCAAGUGAGGGAACUUGGACCAUUUCUUCUGUGACUGUGUUGCACCAAAGAAGAAGACAUCUCUUUUUACUUAAACUAGUUUAACUCCUCUGAAAUGCUGAAUCAACCUACAGGUUAGAGGAAAAGAUCACAGGGAAGGUGGACGUCCGGGAUGUGUUUAUCUGGGCACGUUCUGUACUGGCUGGCUCCCCAGUGUCCUGUGGGAAUGCAUGUGUGCCUGACCCAGUAGAACAGAUCUGUGGACAGAGCAGCACUGAACCAUAGAAGAGACGGUACCACACCCUCAGUGCUGCUUUGCACAGGAUGCAUGAUCUGCUCCAAAGAAGAACCUCAGUACCUCCAUCCCUGGUGCUACCUCUUGUCCUUGCACUGAUGAGUAAGUGGGAUUUACUGCCUGAAAGGUGGGGCCAGCUGCAGGUAAGGAUGGCUGUAACACACCUCAAGGAUGAAGGACACUUGCCUUGUGUGUUUCAGCCACUCUAUGGCAUGAAGUAUGUUCUUUAGGGCAACUGGAGAACUCACUAUGUCUUUCAAAGAAUUUUCUUUUCCACUUGCAGAAAUGUAAGAGCUGAGUCUUGUCUUCAUCCAUAUGUAUUUGCUGGCAGGCAUAGGAGAAGAGCACUAAAAAAGCCUUCAUUUCACUGCAUGCAUCACUUUCCUCGGACAGCUUCAAGAUUUCAUUUAUACACCCUGUAUGAAUGAAGAAAUCUGCAGUAACAUAGAUAUUCCUCAUAGUUGUUUGUAUCCAGGACAGAGUAUACAAUGGGCCGAAAACUGGAUCUUUCUGGCUUGACUGAUGAAGAAGCAGAGCAUGUGCUUCAGGUGGUUCAGCGAGAUUUCAGCCUUCGUAAGAAAGAAGAAGAAAGGCUGAGUGAAAUGAAGCAGAAGUUGGAUGAAGAGGGUAACAAGUGCAGCAUCCUUUCCAAGCAGCAGAAGUUCAACGAGCACUGCUGUAUUCGCUGCUGUUCACCUUUCACGUUUCUUAUCAACAGCAAGCGACAGUGCCAAGACUGCAAGUACAACAUCUGCAAGAGCUGCAGCUCUUACCAGAAGAAGGAGAAAGCUUGGAUUUGCAGUGUCUGCCAGCAAGCAAGGCUCUUAAGGACCCAGUCUCUGGAUUGGUACUAUAAUAAUGUGAAGAGCCGCUUCAAGUGUUUUGGAAGUGCCAAAGUCCUGAAGAAUUUAUACAAGAAGCAUAGACUGGAGAGUGGAGUUUGUCCUGAUGUAAUAGAAGGAGGUUGUUUUGAAGGAAGCUUUGAAAAUGAAGGAAGCAUUUGUGGCAGUGAUUCUACAUUCUACAGACAGACAGAAGGACACAGCAUGAUGGAUACCCUUGCUGUGGCCUUACGUGUUGCCGAGGAAGCAGUGGAAGAAGCUAUUUCUAAGGCAGAGACCUACAGUGACAGCCUGGACAAACAGAAUGAGGCUUGUUACUUGCAAGAACACAAGGAGGACCUCAUAGAAGAGCUGGCCACAACCAUUGUGCAGAAGAUUAUAAAGAAGCAGAAAGGCAAAACUGAGCAGGCUGAGGCUGACUUCGAAUGGCCGCCAUCCAGGAGCAGUGGCCUGGCAUCCGUUGCUGUUUCAGAUCAGAGCAUGCUGACCUUUCCUGGGAGUCGCAGGGGGUCAUACACAUUAUGGAGGUCUCAGUCAGCAUUCUCCCUGGCUAGUGAAGAUAUGCCCAGUAAAGGACUAGACCCUGCAUCGUCUGUGACUGAGGCUCUUUGGAGGCAGCAGAAAGGACAAUUCAAGAAACAGAAGGAACACAAGCUCUCUGCAUUACCCAGCUGGAAAAGUGUGGACAGGCUAAAUGAAACAAAUCCGCCUCCUGUUUUACAAAGCACUGAUGGAAACUGGGUAGCUUUGCAGAAUAUAUCUUUGCCUCGCCCUCGAAUGCUCGCCAAACCAAAGAGUCAAGUAUUUGAAGCUUUGGAAAAUGAAUCCAGUGUUGUGUCUGCAUAUGACGAGAUGGGCUCAGACAGCGAGGAUGAUUACGACUGGAAUGUGGCCUUGAACAAGCUGCGUCGGAGACCUCGGCAAUUACCAGAUGAUUUCUAUUGUACCAAUUCCCAGUAUGAUUCUGAAUGGGCUUAUGGCAAUGAUCAGUACCGGGCAGUCACCUCACCUUCCUCUGGGUUGUACACCAAUACUGAGACACUGUUCUCUGAUUCUGAAACAUCAUCCGUAAACUCUUCCCAGGAAGCUAAAGGACCUAGCAAACUUCUUUGGUUACAAAGCAGAACUCAGAGUGACGUGCCCAGAGUGGAAAAAAAACAUUUCCAUGGAGAACUGGAUGUAAAUUUCAACCCACAGGCAACCAGCUUGGAGUAUUCAGAUAGCAGUGAGACUGAAGAAGUUCAGUAUGAUUUAGGAAAGAGAUCAAGAAGAUGGAGAAAGAACAAAACGAUCUCUGAAGAGUUAUGUGAAGGAAAAAAUCACACAAAAGCCAACGUGAAGAAUUUAAGUCAGGAUUUGGAUGAUUUAUCAGAAACAGAUAAAAGCAGUGAGGAUCAACAUCAUAAUAUCAAGCCUGACCUUAUGGAAGAGGAGCUUAAAUCCAGGUUAUUUCAGCUCGCUGCAAAAAUGAGUGACAAAGAAACAUCUUCUGGUGAAGAACAAGAGUCUGAGCCUAGAACAGACCCUGAAAACCAGAAGGAGAGUUUGUCCUCAGAAGAAAACGGCAGAAGUAUUCAGGAGGAGUUAAAGAAGAAGUACUCUGCUGUCUCUCUCUGCAACAUAUCUACAGAGGUCCUGAAAGUCAUCAACGCCACUGAAGAGCUGAUAGCGGAAUCCACCAGUCCCUGCGAUUUCCCAGAUGACGUUCAGGACAAGGGAAGAGGGACGUUCCCACUGGGGACCGACCCCAUCAGACUCGACGAGCAGCUUACCACACUGGAAGAAAACGUGUACCUGACGGCCGGCACGGUGUAUGGCCUGGAGGGGCAGCUGAGCAGCCUGGAGGAUGCGGCGCGGCAGAUCAGCAGCGUGACAGCAGAAUCAGAGCUGGCCGAGCUGGAGGACCAGGUGGCCACAGCAGCUGCCCAGGUGCAUCAUGCGGAGCUGCAGAUUUCAGAUAUUGAGAGCAGAAUAUCAGCUCUCACUGUUGCAGGCUUGAACGUGGCUCCAUGUGUUCGCCUGACAAGAAAACGGGAUCAAAAGCAAACAAACCAGAUGCAUACUAUUGACACCUCAAGACAGCAGAGGAGGAAACUUCCAGCUCCACCAAUAAAAGGUGAAAAAAUAGAUGGUUCUCCAAUUACCACUGUCAGAACAUUUAACAGAAACUUCAUGCUUCAAGGAUCUCUAACGCAAAGAACUAAAGAGAGGAAAAGCACUGCCAAGGACUUAAUGGAACCUGCUAUAGGAUCUGCUGUGAUGUACUAAACUUUGACUUCUCUACUGCCAAUAACACACUGCCUAAGGCUGUACACUAGAGUGCCUUUACUUAACAGCCAUUGUGUAUGUCCAGCUGAAAAUGGACCCUCAAGAACCCACAAUGCCUCAGUUAUAGGGCUUCGUUUGGAUACCUCACUGAGAAAGCUGUCCAAGUCUUCAGCAUUGUGGUCUGCUAAAGGAAACUCUGCCUUAAAGUUCUCACAAGACUCUAGAAGGGACGCUGAGUUUCAAAAGCAAGGCUCCUCAUUUUAAGAUGCACUUUUUCUCCCCAUUGAUUGUACUAAAGUAUGUCGUCUUUAAACUGCAGUAUGUUUUUGUACACUCAGUCAAUCACAGUUAUAGGCCAAUAUUUCAUACAGAAAGAGUGAACAAAGCAGACCUGUGAUCCACAUUUGCUGGCCUCUUAUUCAUGUAGGCAUCUGUCUUGUCAAGCAAUAAGAACAACUCUGUGCAGCAUAUGCUGCUUUUAGCUGCUUGGUGGGAGCGGAGGAUCCAUGUACCUAACUGCUCCCCAGGAGCCAGUGGAAGUUCUGACAAGGCAGGUGGGAGGAGAUGCGAUGUGCAAAGACUUCUCUGUUCACUCAGAGUACCUUUGGCAGAGUUAAGGUUCUAGCUCCAGAGCUGUGCGUUCUGCUGUUGGGGAACGUGGAUGUCAUGGUGAGCCAUGAAUUGGUGGUACACAGCGCAUGUGGACCAGAUGUCUGCUGGGUUACAAUCCUGGCAUCUGGACACAUCUGAGUACUGUUGUGAAACCACCACCUUUGUCUGUCUCAUUCCUCUUGGUAUCAUUGUCCGCUGGAUGGUGUCCAACCACGCUGUAGUUCAGAAUCAAUUCUGACCAAAUCUUUAAGAUUGGAGAAGGAAAGUAAAAGCACUGUGGGUGAGAUCUCUGCUAGCUGGCUGGUGGCUGUAAGGUGGCUGCAACCCGUAAGAGAUUCCCUUCUGCCACUUGUCUUUUCUGAGGAGGGGACAAAUGCAGUCCAGAUGUCUUUUCCUUUACCCAUCCAUAGCCAAUGUGGUGUGGUACCUAGGGCCUGUCACUGGUGCCUGCUCUGAUCAGACCACUCUGAAUUGGAUUGUGAAUCACAAGAUUUCUUCUUUCCUUUCCUGAGACCCUAGAAAUGUGUGCCAAACCCUGGAAGGCCUUUGAACGGAUGCCCAGGAGGGAAGAUGCUGCUUACAAGGUGUCCCUCUCACCCAUUCUUGGGAGGGCCUUGCCAAUUUGCAGUUACUUUUUGUUCUGGGGUGUAGUUAGAGGAGGUAAGUGUUAGGCCAGUGAAACUUUUAUAUUCCACACAACGCAGUGCAGGUACACAUAUACAGACUGGGCUGAUGUGAGUCGUGCUGUGAAGGAGAACAUUAAUUGCUAAGUUCCCCCUCAGCAUGAAGGGUCAGAGAACACCUUCCUACGGUGAGAUCUCUCUGUCCUGAGCAAAACCUGGCUAAUUCUCAGAAUACAGCGGGGCCUAGGGGGCAGGUGGGGCUGUUAAGAAAGGGCUGAGUGGGAUGGCUGGGAAGACAGCUCCAGUCACAUAUCCGCCACCAAUAUUUGAAGCUUAGCCUGUCAGUGUGCUGCUGUCCAGCUGUAGGUAGGGAUAUGUCAGAAUAUCUACAGCCACCUUCCCACCCAGGCGACAUAAGUGUUCCUCCGUCUCUCUAAUUAGUUUCCACCUGCCGAAGAUCUGGCUCGAUACGUUUGUUCUGGGUGAAAUUACGCCUUCUCUUACUCUCACACAAUACUAGUUCUCUGGAACUGGUUUGCACAGAUGUGAGGGCAGAAUUUGGCCCGCUCUGUUUAAUAUAUAAGUACAUAUGUAAAAAUAGAUUUUAUUUAUAUAUGCAAUCCAGUAAAGGAGAUUAAACAGAGUAGGAUGCCUAGGAAUUUUCUGUUACGCAGUCUCCUCCUCCUCCCUUGACUGUUCUCGUGUUAUGUAUACAAUACAUUCCCAGGUUCUGGUUAACGCAGGUAUGUGUGUUAUGAAAUGUCAUUACUGGUGGUUGGUCUACAUAUUCGUCUAAUAAUUAUAACCAAUAUUGUGUAUGAUGCAGAAAUGACUAAUUUUAAUAGAAUAACUCUUUGCCUUUUGUUCUGUUAGUGUGAUUUAAACAAGCCAACAAAGUUUGGAAUAGGUUGUUUUCCUUAAGAGGCAUGAAAAGCAACUAUUAUCGUGUUACAAUGUUAAAAUAUUCAGUCUUCUUUGACAGAAAAAUGUGUACUGUGUAGGCAUUGCAAAAAAAAAAAAGAAAAAAAAAGAAGAAAAAAAUCCCACCUGCUAUAUGGCAUUUGAAUUUUUACAAAUGUUUAUUGUGCCAAAUAUGUGCAAAGAUAUAAUUUACUGUUUUAAAAAAAUCAUAAAAGCAUACGUUAUAGCACACAAAGGAUUAUUUUGUCAUCAAGUGAUUUCAAUCUUAAGUGUUAAUAUUUAUAUUUAGAUUAAUUUUUAUAAAUGAAAAUAUUUUAACGGGUAAAAUGGAGGCAGUAUGAUCAAUUUGAUUAAGUCUGAGUGAAUAUUAAGCUUGCCUUGUUGUUGUUAUCUGCAUACUCACCAAGAAUUAUUGUCAAGAGAAAUUAUAAGAGUAAAAGCAAUUUAUGAAAAAAAAUUCCUUUCCAAGGACUUGAUUCAUAAAGAAAACGCAAAAGUU